AUGCGGGUGCUGUCCCCAGGCCGUGACCUGCAGCUCAGCCUUCCUGUUGGGAGGGGCCCCUCCUACUAUGCAAUUUUUCCAGAGCUCCUUGAUCCUGCUUUUUGCUUCUCUCGUUGUCUUUUGCCACGGCGGGGACUUGGGUCUGGCCCCAGGGGUCAGCUCCAGCCCUGUCCGAGCAAGGCCUUCAGGAGGAGGCCAAGUUCCCCUUCUGGCCAGCCCUGCUCCUGCCCCCCCACCCCACAACGGCCCCCCUCCCCCGCCCCCCACGCCCGCCUCCCCUCACCCCUAAAGUCUCUGGGAAUCUGUAGCCUGUAG